GACACUUUUCUGGUCGCAGCGGCUUCUGAAUGACUUUUGUAUCUCUUGCCAAUACAUGCUCAUAAAAGGCGUUCAUGUGAGUCCCAGGUGGUUCAAGUUAAACGCAUAUCUGGCCUCGCCCAGUCAGUCCAUGGCUGAUCAACAUGAGUCCAUCGAUCUCAGGUCUCCUCCAGUGGACCCAUCACCAGCUGCAGGACACAGCUGGUUCCCUGGACCCCCUCCACCCAUGUAUUCCUGCACCCUGACCCCGGAGCUGGUGCACAAAGCCCGGGAGGAGCUCCAGGAGAAGCCAGAGUGGCGUCUGCGGGAUGUCCAAGCACUGAGAGACAUGAUACUUAAGGAACAGCCCAAUCUCAGGACCCGCCUGGACGACGCCUUUCUCUUGCGCUUCCUGCGGGCCAGGAAGUUCGACUAUGACCGAGCUCUGCAGCUGCUGCUCAACUACCACGCAGGCCGCAAGGCUUGGCCAGAGGUCUUCCAGGACCUGAAGCCAUCCACGGUGAAACACGUCCUGGACCUGGGCUUCCUCACAGUCCUGCCACAGCCGGACCCCAACGGCAGAUACAUCCUCUUUCUCCGACCAGGGAAAUGGAAACCAAAUGAUUAUCCGUUUGUUGACAAUGUCAGGGCCAUUUAUCUGACUCUGGAGAAGCUGAUCCAGCCGGAAGAGACGCAGGUGAACGGUAUCGUCAUCUUAGCCGACUACAGCGGAGUGGGCAUGUCACAAGCUUCCAACCCAGGCCCGUUCCUCGCCAAAAAAGUUGUGAGCAUCCUCCAGGAUGGCUUUCCAAUCAGAAUCAAGGCUGUUAACAUAAUAAACGAGCCCAUGAUUUUCAAAGGCAUCUUUGCUAUUAUUAAGCCUUUUCUGAAGGAGAAGAUGGCAGAGAGGUACAUCCUCCACGGCUCGGACCUGCGCUCUCUGCACCGCAACAUCCCGCGGUCGGUUCUGCCCGAGGAGUACGGCGGCACCGCAGGCCAACUGGACUUGGGCGCGUGGUUGAGAGUGCUCCUGGACUGCGAGGAGGAAUUCAUAGUGGAGUUCUGCCAGCCAGAUCCACUAGAGGGCGUGGUGCUCCCAGACUCCAUGCUUUUUGAAGGCGAGCAGGCCAGCGGGCAGGACGACGACACCUUCAGGGGGCUGCGCUCUCAACUUUACUACUGUUACUGAUGCAGGCUGUAGAUGCAUACGCUCCCAUCACUGAGAGGACAUUUUCUGUUUCAUUUGAAACAAGUGUGUAGACUUUUAAAGGGCAAGUUGCCAAUAUUAUACAUGAUUUAUUUUACUAACUAAGCAGCACUUCUAUAGGUGGAUAGUCUUCUGUAGUUUACGCGUAGCCCAGCGUUCAAUCGUGGUUCCAAGGCAGCUGCAGGCUCAGGCAAAGAGGCCUUUGAUAUGAGCCGCUGCAUGUUUGGUCGGUAUUGGUGGCCCUCAUGUGAAGUUAUUGCUGGUACUUAAAGGAUAGGGUCACAUUUUUGAAUAUUCAGUGUCCAUAUGUACAUUGAAGCAGGUUUUUGUUGAACUAAAUCAGUCCUCUUGUCCAUACUAGUUGCUAAAGGAUCCCUGCCUAAUGUGCUAAUAAGAUGGGGGGGGGGGGGGGGCAAUAUUCACAGUCCUUGUUUUGUUUUUAGCUGAAGCUAAAAUUAGGUUCUAGUAAUAUCAAGUGGCAACUUCAAAAGUUUUAGUGUUUAAAAUUCCCACUUUGUGUGUCGCUGGGCAGUGUUUCUGAUACCCACUUGAUUUGAACUGAGGCUGCUGAAAGUACCUCAUAAAAUAACUUCAGCUGAACUUUGAAAAAGAUUUUAAAACGGAACCAGGACUGUGGAUUUGUCCCCCAGCAUGCUAGGGAGGGAUCUACUAACGGUAUGAACAGGAGGUAUGAAUACAGCAAGCAAAAGCUGUGCUUAUGCACAUAUGAGUACUGUUUUAAAACAGACAUGGAAACCUUCCUUUUAGUCCUUUAAUAUGUGUUCGCUGAGGAAGAAUUCCAAAAAACAGUUUCUGAAACUCUCAGUUGUGUUUGGUAUCUGCAUUAUGACCAUUAGUGCUCUGUUUGCACGAUUACAUCAUCCCACAACCCAACAGAAAAAGUGUAUGUAACCGUCUAAUACAUUGCCUUAAACUGUGUAUUUCCCUAUGUGUCAAAAGAUACGUUCGUGUGUAGCAAAGCGAUAGUCAUGUGUAUUCUCAUCAGGGCUUGUCUUACAAAAGAGUGGAUAUACUUCAUUGUUGGGAAGUAAAACAUUGAUGGCUGCUUUGACUAUGAGAAAGAAUAAUAUGAUAUAGAUUUAAAUGUUUUUGCUCAA